AUGGAGGGAGCCGGCAUCGCCGCCUUGGUCACCGUUCAGAAGGUCUACUACCCGUUACUUUGCAUCAUGGGUAUUCCAGCAAACCUCUUCACAUUCUACAUGAUCUGUUUCCGUAAAUGUGGGAUGUCGAACACGGCCAUCGUGUACCUGAGCUGCCUGGCCAUCGUGGACACCUUCUACCUGGUGUGGGUGAUCCUCAUCGACCUGACUCUCACCUUCUGGAUCCUGCAGCCCUUCUGGCACUCCCACCCCUGGUGCGGCAUCCUGGGGUUCCUGCAGUACGGCUCCCUGUACAGCUCCUCGUGGAUCGUGGUGGUGUUCACCAUCGAGCGCUACCUGGUCCUCCGGAGCACGGCCACCAAACAGAACUUCUCCCAGGCAGGGGUCACUAAACUGACGUGCACGGCCAUCGUCCUGCUGUCCCACCUGGUCUCCGUGCCGAUGGGCUGGAUCAACGUGGUCACUCCCGCCAACCUGACCGUGGACGGGGAGAACGUGACGCUGCCCAGGUGUCGUUACCGCGACCACACCUUUUCCACCGUCAUAGUCUGGAUAACGACCUUCCUCUCAGGGGGAAUCCCCAUCAUGUUGGUCAUCGUCUUCAACUACCUCAUCGGGUACCAUCUGUGCCGCACCAGCAACCUCUUCACCAAGGAAGAGCGGCGCGUCAUGUACGGGCGCAGCACCAGGAGCAUGCUGAAGAGGACCAUCCUCCUGCUGGGCACCGUCUCCGUGACCUUCGUCGUCCUCAGCCUGCCGCGCUUCGUCACCUACUGCAUCCUGAGGACCUGGCACAACGACGGGAACUUCAACAGGAACGACUACAGCCUGGCCAUCAACGUGGCGGGGGACGUGGCCAACAUGCUGCAGAACCUCAACUCCACCACCAACUUCCUGCUCUACUGCAUGGUCAGCCACCGCUUCCGGCGGGAGCUGCUUCAGGUGGUGACCUGCAGCGCCCCGGCCCGCGAGCUGGGCUCUCUCCUCACCUUCACCACCAUGAAAGUCUUCUCGGUCGCGCAUCACAAGGAUCUGCCGUCCAGCAACCCCGUGACUGUGGUGCUAACCAGCCUCCGACAGAAAGAGUAGAAGCAAAGGAAAUCCAUCAUACACCAUCUGAGACAAAUUCAUCUGCCGAAAGACCCUUAAAGCGAAGUGAACGUGCUUAUAGAAGAGUGUCAUCACCACUCCACACCACCAUUACACUGUAAUGAUUAAGUCUUUAACGACUAACACGGAGCCAGAUAAGUUUGAACUUUGUCAACGUUGUGGUUUUUGCAAAGAAGGGGGCCACAGUUGGGUUUCUCUCAGAAAUCAAAAUGUUUUAUUCAUAAUAGACCAGGCGUCGGCAACACGCGGCUAUAGAGCCGCAUGCCGCUCUUUAGCACCGCCCUAGUGGCUCCUGGAGCUUUAUCAAAAAUGUUUGACUUUUUUUUCCUUUUUUUCUUCUUCUUUUUUCUUUUUUUUCUUUUUUUUCUUCUUAUUUUCCUUUUUCCUUUCCUUUUUAAUC